AUGUCUCUAACAGCUGAAAGGAGUUUCUGCACUGAAAAGACCUCAGGAAAACCCAGUAUGGCCGCCAAAAGGAAAGGUGGCCUAAAACUCAACGCUAUCUGUGCCAAGUUGAGCCGGCAAGUGGUUUACGACUGCAGUUCCCAGAAUGCCGAGGGGGACCAGAGCAUAGCGGACAAUAGUGAGCGAGGCAGCUCCCAUUACGAGGAGGGCGACAGGCCCGAAAAGGAGGACCAGAAACGACGGGAGGCCAUUGAGAAGUGGGUGAACGGGGAGUACACGGACGAGCCGCCCCUAGAAGGCGAAGAGCAAAAGGGCAUCAAACCGAACAACGGUGACGAUGGCCCGCCCGAAGGCGUGUACAUGGUACAGCCCAAAGGCUGUAGCGACGAGGAGGACAACGCUGACGAGGCCGAGGUCAUGCCCGGAUCACAUGAGGAGAGCAGUUACCAUGACGAUAGGGACUCAGAAGAUGGCCCCCGCAAGGAGGACAGCUACACGCCCUCCAGUGAGAAUCCAACUCGUCAAGCCUCCUUCUCCUCCCCAGGCGAAGCCUCAGCCCUGCGUGACUAUGCAGCUAACACUAUGAAUGAGUUUUUACACAUGUUUGGCUAUGAUGACCAGCAGAUGAGAGAUGAGCUGGCUAAAAAGAUCAGCUUCGACAAACCAAAAGCUGCUACCUCAGACCCCUCCUCUCUUGGCAACGAGGAGGCCACACGCCGUGCCCGUUUUUCCAAGUACGAGGAGUACAUCCGUAAACUGAAGGCUGGAGAGACCCUUCCGUGGCCCAUCCCCGGGCCCAAGCACGAGGACCUCAGCUCCAAACUGGGCCAGGAGAAAAGCUCCAUCAUGCAGCCCUCUGCUACCUGCCUGUCGGGGGCCGAAGCCCAGAUGUACCCGGCCAGCAUUGACCACAAACAGGGCCCCCUGAACACAGCCCAGCCCAACUCUGCACACAUCCAGAGCCUAGCUUCCCGGGCCUCCAAGUACGACUUCUUCAUCCAAAAGCUAAAAAUGGGAGAGAGCUUGAGACAACAGAACGGUAACGCCUACAAAAGGCCGUCCAAAUAUGACCUGGAGAACGUGAAGUUCCUUCACCUCUUCAAACCUGGAGAAGGCAACCCGGACAUGGGCGGCGCCAUUGCUUUCAAGACAGGCAAAGUGGGCCGUCCGUCCAAAUACGACAUCAGAAACAUCCCGAAGCUCAUCCCCGGGAAAGUGGACUCUCCCAUGAUGUCCAGCGUCCUCCCCGGUGCCGCCGGGACCCCAGGCACUCCCGUGAUUCCCACCGCCGUGUCGGCCGGCGCUGUUGGACCUUCAGGGUUACCAGUGGACCAAGUCGGGCACCUGGGCUUCAGCACCUCUGAAUACAUGAAGUCCAGCUUCUCCAAGACGGACUCCAUUACCACCGGCACUGUUUCCUCAGUCAAGAACGGAUUGCCACCAGAGAAACCGGCUACUGAUGAUGUAAACCUUUACCAGAAGUACAUUGCCAGGUUCUCUGGUAGCCAGCAUUGUGGGCAUGUCCAUUGUGCCUAUCAGUACAGGGAACAUUACCAUUGCAUUGACCCUGACUGCAACUACCAGAGAUUCACCAGUAAGCAGGACGUAAUCAGGCACUACAACAUGCACAAGAAGAGGGACAACUCCUUACAGCACGGAUUCAUGCGUUUCAGCCCUCUAGACGACUGUAGCGUCUACUAUCACGGCUGCCAUCUGAAUGGAAAGAGUACACAUUACCACUGCAUGCAGGUGGGCUGCAAUAAGGUGUACACCAGCACCUCAGAUGUUAUGACUCAUGAGAACUUCCACAAGAAGAACGCACAGCUGAUCAACGAUGGCUUCCAGAGGUUCAGGGCCACAGAGGACUGUGGGACAGUAGAGUGCCAGUUCUAUGGGCAGAAGACCACACACUUCCACUGCAGGCGUCCGGGCUGCACAUUCACCUUUAAGAACAAGUGUGACAUCGAGAAGCACAAGAGCUAUCACAUCAAGGAUGACGCGUACGCCAAGGACGGCUUCAAGAAGUUCUACAAGUAUGAGGAGUGCAAGUACGAAGGCUGUGUCUACAGCAAGGCCACCAACCACUUCCACUGUAUCCGCUCGGGCUGCGGCUUCACCUUUACCUCCACCAGCCAGAUGACCUCACACAAACGCAAGCACGAACGCCGUCACAUCCGCUCCUCGGGCGUUCUUGGCCUGACGUCUUCGUUUCUGCUGCCCAAAGAAGAGCAGGAGGAAUCCAGCAACGACGACCUCAUGGACUUCUCAGCCAUCAGCAGCAAGAACUCCAGCCUGAGUGCUUCGCCGACUACACAGCAGUCCUCCACCGGCUCACACCUGCUGCCCCCUACCGCCACGACGGCCAUCACGUCCAGCCACAGCAUCAAGCCCUCGUCAUCGCUGCCUCCCGCCAGCCGCAUGUCCAGUCUGCUCUCCCAGGCCCUGCCCAGCAACAUGCCGGUGGCUCUGGCUCUUUCCAACAGUGCUCUGUCCCAUCCUUCCAACCCCUUCUUCCCACUUAUGCCCAGGCUUCCUCUCCAGCUGCCUCCCUCGGCUGCCAGUAUGAUCUCCAGCGUCAGCUCUGGAGCCCAUUCGAUGCCCAGUGACUCCCUGGCCCAGAGCUCCUCCACAGCAGGAGACGCAGCGGCAGUGGCCGCAGCAGCAGCGGCGGCCGCAGCUUCCACCCCGACUUCUUACGCAGCCUCCUCCAUCAUGGAGAAGAUCUCUGCCAGCAAAGGCCUCAUAUCUCCUAUGAUGGCCCGGCUGGCCGCAGCUGCACUCAAACCCUCCAGCACCCCAGACACAGGGAACGGACAGAGCACUCCGGCAGGCCAGUUUAAUCUGGUUCAAGUGAAGCAGGAGCCUGUGGACAGCACCUCUGGACCCUCCCAGGACUCCGUGCAGGAGCAAAGCUUGGAUCUGAGUAAGAAAGACCACAGUAAUGAAUCAAACGGACACCCUGCACCAGGAAAUACAUCUCUUUUAUCCACACUUAUGAAUAAGAUGACUCAAGUGAACCCAAACUUCUUCAGUGCACUGAACCUGAAGUCGGAGCUGGAGGGCGGUCAGGGGACAGACCACUCAGAGGCAGCUCAGUAUCUAAGCCGUGUGAUGAAGAAGCAGGCACCAGAGAAACCUGCUGAGCUGUGGAGGACAUACCUACGCAGAUUUGACACUGAUGAUUUCUGUGAGGCCCAGUGCGAUUUCCUGCACAAAGUGCAUUUCCACUGUCUAGUGGAAGACUGUGGGGCACUUUUCAGCACAGUGGACGGAGCAAUCAAACACGCCAACUUCCAUUUCAGAGCCAACCUGAAAGUGACAUCAGAGUCCACGUUUAGUGAUGGCAAAGAUUCCAGUGAGGGAACAUCCAGUCAGCUUGCUACUCCCAUUUCUCUCGCCAACACUCCCCCAAUGGAUGUGCCCAGCCUGGCACCCUCGGGAGCUUACGGCUCCUCCCCCUCUCUAUCGGCCUGGAAGCAGCUCACAGGCUCCAUCCCUCAGCUGCCUGCCUCCAUGCCCAAUCUGCCAGCCGCCUCACCCCUGGCCACCACCUCUCUGGAGAAUGCCAAGCCUCAGGUUAAACCUGGCUUCCUCCAGUUUCAGGACAAGUAA